AUGCCGACAGUCACGCUGGACAAGGCAGACUUCUUUGCGGCACUGGGCAAAGAGUACACGACAAAGGCAUUCGACGAGCUGUGCUUUCAAUUCGGCAUCGAACUGGAUGAGGAUACGACGCAGCAGGUUGCGGGAACAAACGAGAGGCCGCAGUUGAAGAUCGACAUUCCAGCCAAUCGGUAUGAUCUGCUGUGUCUGGAGGGCAUCUCGCGCGCCUUGCGCGUGUUCUUGGGUCAGCAGGAACAGCCUACGCUGAGAGCCAUUGCACCCGCCAAUGUCAUCCAGCUGCACGUCAAGGACAGCGUGAGUGGAGUGGCGGCGUGAACAUCUUGCCGCGCAUGUCCGCAUACACGCUCACACGCUCACACGCGCGCCCCCCAGGUCAAGGCCAUCCGACCCUUUGUGUCCGGUGCGGUGCUGCGAGGCGUGCGCUUCACCCCGCAAAACUAUGCCAGCUUCAUCGACUUGCAGGACAAGCUGCAUCAGAACCUGGGCAGACGCCGCACGCUGCUGUCCAUGGGCACGCACGAUCUGGACACCAUCUCUGGCCCCUUUACCUACGAAGGCUUGCCGCCCAGCGACAUUUCCUUUGCGCCGCUCAACAGACCGGGUCAAGUGAUGGAUGGGCCGUUGCUCAUGAAGACGCUCGAGGCGGAUCGUCACCUCAAGCCCUACCUCUCCAUCAUCGCAGACAAGCCGCGCUAUCCGGUCAUCCUCGACAGCAAUCGUACCGUCUGCUCCCUUCCCCCCAUCAUCAACUCUGAGCACUCCAAAAUCACCCUCAACACCCGCAACGUCUUUAUCGACAUGACAGCCACUGAUCAGACAAAGAUGGCCUUUGCUCUCAACAUUCUCGUCGCCAUGUUUGCAGAGUACACCGAGCAGCCUUUUGUGUGAGUUGGGCCAGGGUAGAGUUGGAUGUGCGGGCGAGGCGCUGCGUGCUGACUCGAUUUCGCGCGCACGCACGCACGCGCACACGCACACACGUCCGCCAGCAUCGAACCCAUCGCAGUCAUCUCGCCAGACGGAUCGCGCACAUUGACGCCCGACUUGUCAUCGCGAUCAACGACUGUUCGCGCGUCCUACAUCAACAGCUGCACCGGUCUAACGCUCUCUUCCGACGAGAUCGUGGCGCUGCUUGCACGCAUGGGACACUCUGCGCGCGUCUCCAACGAUGCCAAUGUGGUAGAGGUGGCAGUGCCCUGCACCAGGCCGGACAUUAUGCACGAGUGCGACUUGAUGGAGGACGUGGCGGUGGCAUACGGCUUUGACAAUCUGCCACGGCGCUUCCCCAAGACCAACACCGUCGCACAGCCGCUGCCCAUCAACAAGCUCAGCGAUCUGGUCAGACGGGAAUGCGCAUAUGCAGGGUGGAUCGAAGUGCUUCCUUUGAUCUUGGUGAGCAAAGUCGACUGACUCGGCGAAGCCAGCACCAAACUGACUCGGCCGCGAUGCCCCCGCUUCCCCCACCGAUUAGUGCUCCCACGACGAAAAUUUUGCCAGUCUGCGACGCAGCGAUGAUGGAAGCACGGCGGUAGUGUUGGAAAAUCCAAAGACUGCCGAAUACCAAGUCAUUCGCACCUCGCUCUUGCCAGGCAUUCUCAAGACGCUGCGAGAGAAUCGAGCGCAUGCUCUUCCUCUGCGCGUCUUUGAAGUGUCGGACAUUGCGGUCAAGGAUGCUCAUGACCGCGAUCCUCAACGCGGCGCGAUCAACAAGCGGCACGUCUCUGCGGUGUACGAGGAUAAAAAGGCUGCUUUCGAGGUGGUGCAUGGGCUGUUGGAUCUGGUCAUGCGCAAGCUGCAAGUAUCGCGAGGUCGAGCGCGAGGCAACUACUACAUUGAGGAAGCCGACGGUAAGUGCGAGUGCGAGUGCGAGCGCGUGGUGCGGGGCCCCCUUGCUGAACUGCGUCACGCUUCCCCCCUCCCCUGCCCAACAGAUUCCACCUUUUUGCCUGGAAGAGGAGCGGCAAUCUUUUACAUUCCCAGCAAAGAUUCGCGCGAUCAAGACGCUGCUGCGGUGGAGCUACCGUCCACAGCACCACCAGCGUCCGAGGCGAACCCCUGCAUUCCGCUUCCUCAACAAGGCAAAGAAGCAGCACCUCCUUCUGCGCUUGCAAAAGCCGCACAAGCCGUUUCGUCUGCGGUCACUCCGACCAAGGUGAAGGCGAUUCGGAUCGGCUCCCUCGGCGUCGUGCAUCCGCUCGUCCUCAAGGCCUUUGGUGUGGAUUACCCUUGCUCAGCCAUCGAGUUCGAACUCGAGCACUUUUUGUAG